CACACCUGUCCAAAAAGUGUCCUGAAGAAUGGAUAUUUGAGCCAUGGCUACCUUGUGGUCAAGACCAAGAAGGAUCUGACAUUCUGGUUUCGAAUCAGGUCAGCAGAGCUCCAUGUCUGACGCAGAUGUUAUGAAGGGUGGGAGACCAGCCAGCAGAGGCCCAGAGUGUUGCUCGCCUCCAACUCCCAGGAUGGAGCUGCUUAGUCCCACCAAGGUGAAGGGCCGCUCUAAGAACGUCACAGAGAAGGUCACGCAGGUACUUUCUUUGGAGUCUGAUGUACUACCUGAGUACAAACUCCAGGUACAAGAGACAACAUGGUGGAUCUUGCUUCACUACAGCCCCUUCAAGGCAUUUUGGGACUGGAUUAUUCUAAUCCUGGUCCUCUACACAGCUGUUUUCACUCCGUACUCUGCUGCUUUCCUCUUGGAUGAACAUAGGGAUUUACGUAAAAGAAGUUGUGGCUACACAUGUAACCCUCUGAAUGUGGCGGACCUUAUGGUGGAUGUGCUGUUUAUUGUGGAUAUAAUCAUCAACCUUCGCACAACGUAUGUUGACCAAAAUGAUGAGGUGAUCACACAGCCAAGCCGGAUAGCCAAGCACUAUAUCAAAGGCUGGUUCCCUAUUGAUCUGUUCGCAGCGAUCCCGUUUGACCUUCUCAUUUUCAGAUCUGGCUCUGACGAGAUGGCAACCUUGACAAGCCUGCUGAAAACAGCUCGGCUGCUGCGACUGGUCCGUGUGGCAAGAAAGCUUGACCGAUACUCUGAAUAUGGGGCUGCUGUCCUUUUCUUGCUUAUGUGCACCUUUGUGCUCAUUGCUCAUUGGCUUGCCUGCAUUUGGUAUGCUAUUGGCUUUGUGGAGAGACCCUACACAGAGACCGGUUGGUUGGACAACCUAGCUGAACAACUGGGCAAGACAUACAACGACAGUGACUCCUCCUCUGGUCCAUCAGUCAAAGACAAGUACGUUACUGCUCUUUACUUCACCCUGAGCAGUUUAACAAGUGUGGGGUUCGGUAAUGUCUCUCCAAACACCAACUCAGAGAAGAUCUUCUCCAUCUGCGUCAUGGUCAUUGGCUCUCUCAUGUAUGCCAGCAUAUUUGGGAAUGUGUCAGCCAUCAUCCAGCGACUGUACUCCGGUACAACCCGCUACCACACCCAGAUGCUGCGAGUCAAAGAGUUCAUCCGAUUCCACCAGAUCCCAGGUGGCCUGCGCCGAAGGCUGGAGGAGUACUUCCAGCAUGCCUGGUCCUACACAAAUGGCAUUGACAUGAAUGCUGUGUUGAAGGGAUUUCCAGAGUCUUUGCAGGCAGACAUCUGUUUGCACUUGAACAGAUCUCUGCUACAUAAUUGCAAGGCUUUCCAUGGGGGCAGUCAAGCCUGUCUGCGACACUUGGGAAUGAGGUUCAAGACAGUCCAUGCUCCUCCAGGAGAUAUUCUGAUCAACUACGGAGACAUCCUGGACUCUCUCUUCUUCAUCUCAAGAGGAUCCAUUCAAGUCAUCAGGGAUGAUGUGGUGGUUGCAAUAUUAGAAAAGAAUGACAUCUUUGGUGAACCUAUCCACUUGUAUGAUGAGCCAGGAAAGUCCAAUUCAGAUGUCCACACCAUCACCUAUUGUGACCUGCACCGCAUCCUGAGGGACGACUUGCUGGAGGUUCUUGAUGUCUACCCCAGCUUUGCAGACAACUUCUGGAGGAACCUGGAGAUAACAUUUGACCUGAGAGAUGCUGAUCAAGUACCACCAAUAAUAACAACUGAUGACUCUGGUGACGACUGUGGUUAUGGCCACAAGCCAAGACACAGAAUGCACUCCCUGGAUUGCCGAAUCCGACCAGAUGGAAUUGAUCGUGAAGACCCAUACCCCCUCCAGUCCUUACGUCAUUGUCGCUCACCUCCUGAGGCCCACUGGGAUGACCACUGUAGCUGUGGAUCCCCAUGUUCCCAGUCAAGUGAAAACCUGGCUAAACCUCUUUCCCACGGUAACAAAAUAGAACUUUACCCUCCAGAAGAUGCCAGACGGGACUACUCGCCCUCAGUAGUACAGCUGCUCCCCCCGAGUGGUACAUCAUUAAGCAGGGACCUUGGCAACCACUAUCUUUCCUCAGCUUCAUCUUUGAAUAUGCCGGGAAUGUAUCAAUACUGGCCAGAUAGACAGUCACAACAAUUUUCCAGUCGUGCCUGGCGAUCAUCCCACCCUCCACCAUUCACAGAAGAGCGGCCCGGUGAGCUAGAAUCUCGACUUGAGAUUCUACAUUCACAGCUGAACAGGCUGGAGACUCGCAUGACAGCCGACAUCAAUGUUAUUCUCCAGCUUCUCCAGAGGCAGAUUACACCUGUACCUCCUGCUUACAGCACUGUAUCGUCUAGUACCCUCCCUAAUAACUCACCUGGCCUGUAUGGAACUGGGACACCAGUGCUGCACAACAUGUACCCCAUUUCCCCCAUACAGAUGGACAGUAGGGCACCUAUACAGAGCUCUACCCAGACUGACCUCAAAUUCACCAAGAAGUCCCAGGAGUCACUUUCCAGUGGUAUCCAUGCGACCGUGGCAUCAGAUGACACCAUGUUCAUGACUGUCACCCCUGAAACAGAGACCCAUACAGGGUUGACUCCACAGCUGCCUCAGCCAUCAGUCAAAUCCUCACUCAUGGAGAACCCCAGACUGUGCGGCAGCCUCCGCUACCCAUCACUGCCAGGGAAUCUGGAUAUCACCUCAGGACUGGCUGAGAUCCAGAAACACCUCUCAGACCCUGUGCUGCCUGUCAGCUGAAAAAUAAGUUUUCCUGGCAACAAGCAGGACAUUGAAGAGCCAUACGACAAGUCCAAGGUUCAUGUCUCAUUAGGCAUUUGGACAGCGAGCAGUGUCUGAAAGUCAGAUAGUGGCCACAAGGAUUUCCAUUUCACAGUGUUGACACAGGAACACUCAGUCCGUGGCUACUGCAACAGAGUUAUCAUACUUUGUAAAGGACAACGCUAAUUUACAGUAUGUGUGUGAUGCACAGAAGUCAAAUUUAUUACACCUCAUAGUCCCACGUAUACUACGGUAUUUUGUUUCAUCCUGGAUCAGUACAUUUUGUGAAUGCCAAACCCUAUCGUGUCACAUUAAAAUCAAAUUCUGUUUUUUAAGUAAUUGUAAUUUUCCUAGCUGACUAGUACAGAGCUUCUCCCCAAAGAACAGACCCUGACAGAUACUGGCCACCACUGACAUUUUUAUGGAAAGAUGCUUGUUUUUUUGUUUUUUUGCCAGGAGUUAGAUAACAAGAUUGAUACCACACUUUUAGUCAAAGCCAGAAGUCUCCACUGCUUGUGACUACUACUCCAGACCAAUGAAUUGCCAAGGCCAGCAGUCUCUUUGUGCUAAGCUAAGCUACCCAACUGCUGGUUGUAGCUUCAUAUUUAGUUUACAGACAGAGUGGUCAAACUCUUCCUUUUAAGAAAAUAUGUUAACACUAUAUGAGAUGAUUUUCAAAAAGGAUCCAUUAAAUUUGGUCAUGAGCAAAAUGUAGCAUGUUCAAUAAUAACCAUAAGAAUUCUGUCAGUGCUUUUCGGUCUAAAUAACAGCAAACAUAUCUCUCUGGCAUUUCUGUACAGCAUCAUCUUGUGAAUUAUUGGCCGACAUAGUUACCACUCCAUUACCCUGAUUUGUGAAACUCAGUCUAUGAAGGUGGUUUUCAGAGUUUGUAUGUUCAGCAAAUAAUCACACAUUAUGAACCCUAAAAUACUGAAACACCUGCAAUAGGUAAGAAAUAACUGUUCAAUCCCACAUCUUCACAUCCCAUCCCAAAUAAUCCCAACAUACAGCAGGACUCACAGCAUCUGAUACUGUCAAAUUUCUAGGCUGACAAAAAUUCUCUCUAUUGUAUAGAUCUUGGAUGAUGUACUGUAAGGCAGCGUUUUCUCAGUAUUAUACAGCAACCUAUCAUUUCUAACUGUAAAUCUGUACUAUAGAUUAUUAUCAAUAUGUUGGUGAGUCAACUCGCUGUUGUCUAAACAUGAAACUUCUGUAUAACAAUUUAACCUGUGAGGGGCUGUUUAUUUCUGUAUAAAUAAAAUGUUGCUAUGAAUAAAAUAACUGGUGCAGAAAAAGAAUCUGCAUUACAGUCAAUUAAUAGAAAUGAACUGUUGCACAUAUAUUAUUGUAUCACAACCGAGAUGUUUAAUACCACAAAUGAUAUUCAGUUGAAUAAAACACAUUAUAUAUACAUACACAUUUAAAAAAAAACAAAAAAUUCAAUACAUGAACACUUA